AUUGUUAGUGCAUUAAUGGCGAUAACAGCUGAUUUCUUUUACUUGGUAAGCGAAACCGUGUCACAGGAUCUUGACGGCUGUAAGUGUAAAAUUAGCAAGGGACUUUCUUGUAUUUGGAGGACAGUGGAAGGGCUGUUUUGGAGAAGCCAGGUGACCUUUCAGUGGACGAGCUAGUAGCCUCCGUAGCAAAACAGUAAUGUGACGACGUGUUGUGUGACCAGUUAGCAAUGGUGCAAGGACGGGGGAGCGUCAUCAGACCAGAAAGAUAAGACAAGCCUGAGUGCAUCUGUCAGACAAACAUGCCUUCUACUCUGCACUGACCAUUAAAAUGGUGUAACAGCUGCCAGAGUCCAGUGUGACAGACUUCCUUUAGAGAACUGUAUAUAACCUCCACAGAAGAUGGAGGACACUCCUCAGUUGUACGCUUCUGAAUUUGGAGACCAUGAGGAUAUAGAGGAUGAGGAGGGGGAGGAUAUUUAUCAAGAGGAAACUAACAUGGAACCAGACAUGAUUAAGUCUGUAAACCCAGAUCUUCACAAGAAUCCCAAUCAGGAUAAAGAGACAGUGUGGGAUUCCUUUCCCUGCCAGCACUGUGAGAGACAUUUUAACAGCAAACAAGGCUUGGAGCGACACAUGCACAUCCAUACUUUGGCAAACAACGAGGCACACGCUUGCAAAAGCAAUAAGAGUAACACAUCUUUUGAUUCAAAUGUAGGUCAGUUGCAGCAUGAGAGGAUGAAGCCUCUGGAUUCAGCAGGUUCAGACGAGCAACUUAAUACUUCAUCGCCCACUGGCUCUGAUACUUCCAAUUUGUCAGCUGAAGACCAUGUUGCUACGCCGGACAAACAGGGAGCAUUAGAUGGCCAUUAUCCUUGCAAGUACUGUGAAAAGAUAUUCACUACUCAUACCAACAAGCGACGACACGAGCGCAGGAUCCACGAGCAGCACCUGCAACUCCCACGUGUAGAAAAAACCCAGCUGCCCCAGGAGGAAAGUCUUCAGAGAAUUUUCAGUGACACGUCUCAACAGGAAACACAGCUUGGUGACAGUACAGCACCUGCAGCUGUUCCAGAGAAUGGAGGGGAACAGCCCGAACAGUAUAUGCUAGAUGUCUCUAGCAAUAUAUCUGAGAACCUCAGCUUUUACAUUGAUGGAAAGAUAGUCUCAACAAGUACAGUGAGUAGUUGUGAAGCAGCCGAGGUUCAUUCAGGGUCCUCAACUUUAGUUGGACUGGACGCCCUGAUUCUAGACCCCGCCCAAAUCAGCCAGGUUUUAAGUACAGAUUCAGUCACAGGCAAAGAGAUGCCUGGCCAGCCACUGGCUAAGAGAAGAACUGCAACACCACCUCUGUUACCACAAAUUAAAACUGAACUGGAGUCUGAGGUGGUUGUGUCCUCUUCCUCAUCAUCACUCGUAUCUUCUUUAAUCGAGAAUCUGCUUCCUCAGAACACAGAGUCCACAGUUGUGCCGAAGGAAAGAACAGUGUUUCUGUCUCCUAAGCUGACGCAGCUCCUAGAGAAGCAGGACGGCCUUAAACCCACACUUGCCCUGAUCACAGAUGGCCAGAAACCUUGUUCACCUGUCUCUCUCUCUGUUCUGCCUACUGGAACAGGAAGGUUUAAAAGAAGGACCGGAUCCCCAACAAGCUCUCCACAGCAAAACCCAACGUCUAAUGAGGAAACACCAGCUCCAGAUGCAGGACAUUUUGAUGCUGUAAGUACAGGACAGAUGGAGACCCAGCAUAUAUCACCCGUGCAGCAAACAGUCAGUGAGAAGGAUGACACAGCACCAUCUGUGGAAGAUCCAGCAGUGAAACCUGUCUUGGCAGAGAGCUGGCCCCCCAUGACUGGUGGCAAUUCCUGUAACCAGCAACCACUGGAUCUCUCUAACACAGUCAAAAGAAAUGAAGAUGUAGCUUUAGCUGAUGCUGCUCUGGAUUUGAGUUUGCAAAAAAAGAGCCUUGGUGAAUCUGAACUGACAAUAAAUUUAGUUUCACAGUCAGUUUUGAAAGAAGGAAAAUCAAAUGCUUGCAUGGUGGACGAAGCCUUAAUGAAUACUGGAGAGCAAGAUGUAAGCCUAGGGAAUCCUGAGACUCCUUUAGUCACAGACUUUACCAUAGUCACAGGUUCAGAAAUGGUGACCCCAGUAGAACCUGUUGCAGAAGGUCUUGUUUAUGGACUUGCCCUACCCCCCAGUUCUCUGAGUCCAUCAUCUGCCUCCCUUACCCCUGUUACCUUGCAGCCAGCUUCACCAUGCACUAUAGCAUUUGCUUCCCCGGCCUCGCACACCAUGCUCCCUACUGCUCCCUCAUUAAUCACAGUUUUGGCACCACCACCACCUAUUUCUAACCCUUCAAGCCAACCAAUCCAGGUAUUAGCCCCAAAUAUAUCUCCUGAGCCCUUGGUAAUAUGCACAGAAAAUGCAUUAAAUUCUUCAGAGUGUGAUUUAACUACUGCAUUUGCCACCACAAAUUCUGCAAACCUUGUCACUCUCUCCCAACCCCUUGACCCGGCUUUAAAUCUGCCUGGCCAUGUGUUUCUCACUGAUCAGAUUGCUCUCAAUCCACCUAUAGUUGACUCCACUCCUGUGUCAGAAGUGCCGUUCACACCCACUGUAACUUUAAGUGACUCCCUCAUCAACUCGUAUAACAUUACCAGCAACACAGUGUUGAUAGAGUGCACAAUAGCUCUUGAAGCCCCAGGGAGUGUGGUCCCAGCUGCGAUUACCUUACAAGAAAACACUUCUGAGGCACCAGUACCCACACAGAUGGUUGUUAAUCACAUAGAACAGCAACAAAUUGUAUCAGUGCCCAACCCUCAAACUGUGGAUCCCACUAUUCUUGUGUCCUCCAUCGCAGAAUCUGUGACUCUGUCCACCACCACCUCAGUGGUGCCCGAUUGUCCUCCUGUGAAUGAAUCAAGUCCUGACCCAGAACCUGUUGUUAAUGUAGAGGCACCAACCACAAAGGAGGAGGAAGCUGCUGACAGCACUGUUUCCAAACCGAAAAUCCCAUCUAAAACCUCACCCCCCUCUGUGAAAGCUGAAGAGGAUGAAUCCUCAAAUAACACACUGAGUGAUGCGCAACAGCAGACUUUCACCAAGAAUUUCAUCUGCAAUGUGUGCGAUAAGCUUUUCCAUUCAAUGAAAGAACUGGGCCAUCACGUAGGUGACCAUGCUGAUGAGUGGCCUUACAAAUGUGAAUUCUGCGUGCUGCUCUUCGGAAAGCCCUCCGCUUUGCUUGACCAUCGAUCAAGCCUCCACGGCGUUGGCAAGACUUACGUCUGCAGUGCAUGUACAAAAGAAUUUGUCUACCUUUGCAAUCUGAAACAGCAUCAGGAGGAAUUACAUCCUGGCCAGCAGUGUACAUACACAGAGGAAGAAAAAGGAAAACUAAGACCUCAGAACUACAACAACUCAACAAAGGUAAACACUGAGCCCUCAGUGCCCGAUGUUUCAGAGGAACCCAAGAAAUUGGUGAAAAAGGAGGAAGGUGAAGUAGAUGUAGCUGCUGAAGAGCUGUUUACAACAAUAAAAAUCAUGGCCUCAGAUGGAGGCAAGAUCAAAGGGCCAGAUGUUCGUCUUGGCAUUAACCAACAUUAUCCCAGCUUCAAGCCCCCUCCAUUUCCUUACCAUAACAGAUCACCCGCUGGCUCAGUGGCUUCGGCCACCAACUUCACCACCCACAACAUCCCACAAACCUUCAGUACAGCUAUUCGGUGCACCAAGUGUGGAAAGAGCUUUGAUAACAUGCCGGAGCUGCACAAGCAUAUCCUAGCUUGUGCAAACGCCAGUGAUAAAAGGCGAUACACACCCAAAAAGAAUCCUAUCCCUCUCCGCCACUUUGCAAAAUCUCAGAAUGGAGUGCUUUCGUCUACUAAUUCCAGUAACGGACUAAAUGCUUCAAACAGAGCCAGCCAGUCGAACCGGUCCAAACCAAACCAAGAUUCACCUGUUAAGGUGAAAAUCAAAGUACUGAACAAAAGGAAGAAAAAGUUGGUCCAAAGGGUCAUGCCACAGAGGAACAAAUCAGCCCCUUCAUCAAAUAAAGUGUCGUCUGCACGGGUGAAUGAGCGGCAGGAGAUUUUCGUCUGCCCACACUGUAGCAGGGAGUUCACAAUGCGUCGCAGCAGAACCAAACACAUGGCAGUGUGCCCUAAGAAACCUAGAGAAGUGAAGAAAAGGAAAGAAGGAGGAAUCUCUGUGACAAAGGAAAACGAUGGACAUAGAGGGGUUUCUCAUGUUGAGGAAAAACAACAGCAAGUCUCACCUCCGCAUAAAACUAGAUUCCGGACUUCUGGCCCCGCUAAGAGGCCUGCCAUCCUACCAGUGCAGACUGUCUUCUCAAACAAAAGAAGUAAAAUAAUCAUAAAAGAGAGCACGCAGCCAAAACCAGAGACGCCAACUCUCAAUGAACUUCCCAUUGUUCGCACUUUCAGCCCUUCUAUGCGCCAGUAUAGCAGAGUACAGCAUAGCGUUAAAGGGAUUCCCAUUAAAAUCACCAUAGUGAAACCUCAACAGCCUGCACCACAGAAGGAUGAGCUGCCUCCCACCCAGAGCCGAAGAACAGAAGAGGCCACUGCAGCUGUUACCAGCAGCUCUGAGUAGAGCUCUACAGCUUGAAGAGAGGAUCGGCAGGACCCUGCUACACGGAACUCCUCAUACAUCUUCAGUCAUACUAAAGGGAGAUAACUGCAAAUGACACUGUAAACCGCUUAGAUUGCAUUAUACUGUAUAUUAAUAAUGACUGAAUUCAGGACGGAUAAAACAGACGGCUAAGGAUACUGCAGUGAGUGGAUGUGUUUAACUUGAGUAUUUGGAUGCUUUUGUAGUAGCUUUUGUAGAUUUCUCCUUCGUUUCGUAAAAUUUCUGUCAACAGCUUGGAUUUGCACUUUGAAGUUAAUCUGACGGCUACAUGUCACAAAUGUUUGUAAUUUGGAGAGGAUGGCAGGUGGCAAUCAUUUUUGGCAUGCAUUUGCACUUUUCUUUAUCUGUUGUCUGUGGCCUUUUGGUUUAAACUCUUACUGCAUGCUGUGAGCUUGUACUACAGCUACAUUAAUUUAAAAUGGAUUAUGUUAAUGCAGUUAGGCCUUAAAUUUUAAAUCUAAUGUUUCUCUGUUUGUCUGAUUUACAAUAACCAGUAUAAUUACAUGGAAAACACAUUAAUAUUGUUUCUAAAUGAAAGACUACAGAAUCUUAGAAAAGUAACAUGCUCGAUAUGCUCAGUGUAACAUUGGCCACAAGCUACCUGUCAAAUUUCUAUAUCAGCACUGUUAAUUACUAUUAGGGAAGGCAGUGUUUUCAUUAUUGCUCUGAAUGUAACAUUUAGUAGAUUUAAUCCAAUAGCCUUUUCAAAACAAAAUUGCGUGUUAUCUGGUCGGCCCAAUUGCUAUGUAUUUGUAUGAGUGAUAAGAGAAUAAUACUAUUUGUGUGCCAUCAAAUGUAGAUGAUGAUGACUAAAUGUGGCACAAAAGUGAUGAAGAGUAAACAGUUCAGUAAAGUUUGGAGUUUCACCCAUGAAGAAUUUAUUUUGGUGGUCAAAACAAAUAGAUUCAUUACUACUUAAAACUGAUUUAUUUGUAUGUCUGUGUGGAAUCAGCUGAAAAUGCACAGUACUUAAGAAAUAUGCACUGAUGUGCAGUUACAUGAAAAAAAAAAAAACUAAAGCAAAAACGACCUCCCAAAAGAAAAUUAACUUAUGAAUGCAAUGUAAUGCUACUUCUGCAUA